UGCAGUCGAAUCCGGCCGGUAAGAUCCCGGCAACGAAUUCGCAGCAGCGCCUCAUGGCAGGCGAUUCGGACUCGGUGUCAUCGUCACAGGAAGAUGGUGAACUAGGCAGCUCCCAGACACGUGACGAGGACACGACAACGACGAUGACGAUGACGAGUGCGACGACGGGUGGUUCAAUCGGAAUGGACCCCCGGUUCAUCGUGGCCGUCCUGUGCUUCGUCAACCUCAUCAACUACAUGGAUCGAUUCACGAUCGCAGGUGUGCUGACGGAGAUACAGGACCACUUCAAGAUCGGUGACGAUGAUGCCGGCCUGCUGCAGACGGCGUUCGUGCUGUCCUACAUGAUCUUUGCGCCAAUGUUCGGAUACCUGGGCGAUCGGUACUCCCGGAAGUGGAUCAUGGUCCUCGGCGUGUCGCUCUGGAGCACGACCACUCUGCUCGGAUCAUUCAUGAAUCAUUUCGGUUGGUUCAUCACCUUCCGGGCGCUGGUCGGCAUCGGAGAAGCGUCCUACAGCACAAUCGCACCUACCAUCAUUUCCGAUCUGUAUUUUGGCGGAGCACGCUCUAAGAUGUUGGCCCUGUUCUACUUCGCCAUCCCGGUCGGAUCGGGUUGCGGGUACAUCGUCGGUGCCAAGAUGGCCAGCGUCAUGAACUCGUGGGUUUGGUCACUGCGAGUGACGCCUGUACUCGGAGCGUUUGCGGUGUUGCUCAUCAUGUUAUUGAAGGAUCCACAACGUGGCCAGAGCGAAGGAUCGCGUCACAUGCAGGCGACCUCGUACCGGGAGGACAUCAAGGCGAUCCUCCGCAAUGCCUCGUUCAUGCUGUCGACGGCCGGAUUUACUUGUGUUGCUUUCGUAGCCGGUGCCCUGGCCUGGUGGGGACCUAAGUUCAUCCAUCUGGGUCUCAUGUCCCAACCGGGCAACGAACACGUCACACUAAACGAAGUUUCGUUCAUAUUCGGUGCCAUUACUAUGACGACGGGCAUCAUCGGUGUACCGCUGGGGUCGUACCUGUCGCAACGCUUGAAAACCAAACACGCGCGGGCGGAUCCGAUAAUCUGUGCGGUCGGUAUGAUCCUAAGUGCACCGCUGCUGUUUACGGCGAUGUUUUUGGUCCGGGAGAACAUUCACGCGACGUACGCUCUAAUCUUUUUCGGCGAACUAGCCCUGAAUCUCAAUUGGGCGAUCGUAGCGGAUAUUCUGCUGUACGUUGUUGUGCCGACGAGGCGUUCGACGGCAGAGGCCUUCCAAAUCUUGAUCUCACACGCGUUCGGCGAUGCAGGCAGUCCUUACUUUGUGGGGUUGAUAUCGGAAGCUAUCAAACGAGUGCUUCGGGUAGCUUCAGAAGGAUUUUCCAGCAUCGAAAGGAAACAUCCCGAUAUCAGCAUGAGAAGUUUAUCGCAUCUGGCUGAAAAUGCCACCGUCUCGGCACUAGAUGUGAUCACUACCACCACUACCAUCAGCAGCAAUCUAGGAUUGCCCGAUCCGGACGAUGAUACACCGCUAGUGAAGUUCCGUGCCCUGCAGUACGCCCUGUUCUCCACCUGUUUCGUGGAGAUCCUCGGCGGAGUGUUCUUCCUGAUCACUGCCAUCUACGUGGUACGGGACAAAUCGCGGGUCGAUGAUGUCAUCAUAGAACAUUUAGCAGGUAUUGCCUCUGGCCAGCAAAUACAGAGCACAGAUGUCGAAGACGCGGUACCAAGCGCACAGCACUAGACGGCAAUCCGAGAAGGGGGAUGAUAAACCCCAAGGGACAGCAACAAAUUGGGAGAGUGAAGGAUCUCAUCUAGCAACGAUUACAAAAUUGUCCUAUUUUGCCUCCUAUCACAACCACUGCUCAUGGGCGGACGAAAGGAGUAAAUGGCUAAGGACUUGUCGCUGCAUUCGGCCAGUUGCUGGAACGAGAUCACACACACACACACCAAGGAAUUUCCCCGUGUUUUUGUUACGCUCGAUUUAGGUUUAAACAAUAUCAAGGACAAUUGAACGAAUCGGGCAAGCAGAAAAAAAAACUCCAGAACUGAACUGUAAUUGCUCCGCUCCAACACAGUCACACGGUGCUCCAAGGAGAAAAGCUUGUAGUGUAUUGAUGCAUAUGAUAAUACUUAUGAUAUGUAGACACCAUAAAUUGAGUUAUAAGUUGAAUCCAUAAGAAAAGACUAGUAUAUCGGCGCAUAUACGUAUGAUACGUUGAGAUCAUAAAUUCGCAAACCAGCUACGUUCGGUUUCGCGAGCGAACAAUCGCAGCAUUUCGUAAUUCAAACCGCAUGUCAUCAUCACGCUACAAUCUGUAGCACUAUCUGUUGCUAUGAAUUCCCCGGAUUACGAAGGGCAUCCUCAGCAUCAUUCGAUUUCGGUACGUCUGCAGCACGUGCAUGUAAAGUUUAUUGCCCGGGAAACGAGGAUGCUCUUCAAAAUGAUACAAAAAAACAUGUAAAUAGAUCCAUUAAAAAGCAGCAUGCGACGGACGCCGAUCGCUAGAUAUUCGUUAGUAUUUAGCAGGUAGAACUUAGUUAAGCUGUUGAGCCAAACGACAAACGUAUUUGCGAGUGUUUGAUCGCACUCUCGCAACCGAGUCAAACCACUCGUAUUAACUCUCUGGCGCAAGUUGGUGUCUCUAAAUGAUAGAUGGAAAGGGUUGACGGAUUAGUAGUGUAACAAAGUUGUUUAAAAAUGGAUACAACAGCGCGCAUGGGAUGGGUUAAUGUACAGCUGUGUGGAAUGAUCGAUGGGGCCAUUUGCAAGAUUGAAAAGUGUUAGCAAUCGUUGGGCUGUCGGUUGGUUUAUUCUAGUGAAAAGGGAACAACAAGUGACACGCGUUUUAUAAGCGUUAAACUGCAAAGAAAUUUAUAUGCGGCCGGGAAAAAAAAAACAAGUGAUGAAAGCUGGUGAGAUGCAGGUAGUCAAUUUACACGUGUGCACUUUCCCCUGUUUGUUUUUAGUCUAGAAUUUCGCCGAUAAUUCUGCGCACCGAAGACUGCUACUAGGCGUUAGGGAUUUUUCUGCCUUUUUUUCGUUGCUACUGUUGCGAUUCGAUGCCUAUUUUUCGACCAAUUUUGGGAAACAGAGGAUCGGUAUUGCACAUCCACACACACACAAACACAUCAAAGUAGAUAAGAUACGUUGAUCGAACGCGAUCGUGGCUGUUUUUUGGAAGAAUCGCAAAUAGUACGAUCACAUAUUUAUAAUUAGAUUAACUUGUACCAUGAAAAGGAGGGAAAAGAUCACAGAUCUAUGAUACCAUCGGGAGCGAACAUACUGGUGGAAUGUUUCUGGGUGGCAACUAUUCUCGAGAGGAAUAACGAUUGUAUGUUAAAUUAUUUGCUGAUUCUGUUUUUCUUUCCAUAAUGAUUGUAGAUUUUAAUAAUCCGAAAAAAGUGUAAUGGUUAGCGUACAUCUGGUAGA